AUGACAGAACUCGGAGAGUUCCGGGAGUAUACAAAUUCUGAUAAGCCCUGGAGGGCUCUCCUUCGAGAUACCUCUGCUCAGUGCUCGUUAGACUAUUCUCACCACAACAAGGCCGCUCGUAUCACGUACAAACUUCUACUCGAUUCCAGUGGUGUCCAGGUCAACUUGCACGAUCGAAUCACUCAAACCUCCCUGAUGCGGCCAGCUGAUAUCAUGACGGACAUAAGGUGGAUAGAGGUACCAAACCGGGGUGUUGCUCACGAACUUUUUGGUUCAGUAUUUACGCUUUUCAAUAGUCCAGCCACCGCGGUGCGAGCAUCCAACAAUGGUGAAGGAUAUGCAUGUGUCAGCUUACAAAAUUUCGCACCUCAAUGGGUCGCUGACUCCGGCAACGUCUGCCCACUUAUCAUUCUCUUGGCGAUAAUCACGAUUUCUGAGACUGAUCGAGAUGCCCAUCAUCGGCUACGACGCGACACAAAAUCGGACAACCUCCCCUCAAGCAGCCGCAGCGGACCGAGCGCCCAUGCGAGCCGUAAAAGUACGGCUCAGAGUAUGAAUUAUGUUAAAAUAAUGACGGAAAAUCAACGGCGCUUUGCCGUUGUCGAGGCUAACGUUGCCGGUGUCACCUGGACACUACUCGAGCAGGGUCAAGAUCAAAGGAGCCUGUUCACAACCACUCCGCACCUGGACGACCUCGAUCUCGCGUCCAUUUCGUAAAAUUGGUAUUCUCAUAAACACAAGCCUCGUAUGCUAUAUCGAUCUAUCCAUCUAUCGUAGGGCUCUCCCUACCCUUAAAGCCAGCGUUAUUGAACAGUUAUCCGCAAGACAAGCCGAGUAUCCCAUCAGUCCGUACGCAUGAUUGCUUUGUUUUUUCGUUAAAAGACCUCCGCGCCUGACGUCCGCGUUCGAGGUCCACCUCGACUCUCCUCAUCCCCGCACCUUCACCUCGAACAAGACGCCUUAGGCGAACAUCUUUCCGAAAGCCUUCAUCUGCUUCUCCUUGGUGACCUCUCGUCGCUUGACCAACUUUGCUAAUUCCGUCUUGACCGCCGCAUCCCCUC